UGGAGUGGAAAAUCCCUGUAAGGAAAGAAAAAAGAAAAAGGAAAGAUCCCAAUUCUCAAUAAUCAAAACCUUGAGGAUCCAUAUAAUAUUUUCCCAUCAUUCCCAUCAUUUUAUCCUUUAUAUAUAGAGAGAAUAAUCUCCUGUUGAGGCAUUGAAAACUUGAAACUCCUUCAAAUUCUCUGUUUCCUGUCUCUGGCUUUCUUCUUCCAUGGCAACAGCUCCUUCAGCCAAACUCACACCGCUCUUGAAAGAUGAGCUCGACAUAGUGAUCCCCACCAUUCGAAACCUCGAUUUCUUGGAGAUGUGGAGACCCUUUUUCGAGCAAUACCAUUUGAUUAUCGUUCAAGAUGGUGAUCCAUCCAAGAAAAUCAGGGUUCCCGAUGGCUUUGAUUACCAACUUUAUAACAGGAACGACGUUAACAGGAUCUUGGGUUCCAAGGCUUCUUGCAUUUCCUUCAAGGACUCUGCUUGUAGAUGCUUUGGUUACCUUGUUUCCAAGAAAAAAUACAUCUUCACCAUUGAUGAUGAUUGUUUUGUUGCCAAAGACCCAUCCGGGAAGGAAAUCAAUGCGCUUGAGCAGCACAUUAAGAACCUGUUAACACCAUCCACAACCCAUUUCUUUAACACACUCUAUGAUCCAUACAGGGAAGGUGCGGACUUUGUUCGUGGUUACCCUUUCAGUCUCCGAGAAGGUGUCCCCACUGCUGUUUCCCAUGGCCUGUGGCUCAACAUCCCUGACUAUGAUGCCCCAACCCAACUUGUCAAGCCUCUUGAGAGAAAUACUAGGUAUGUUGAUGCAGUGAUGACAGUUCCAAAGGGAACUCUUUUCCCUAUGUGUGGUAUGAAUCUGGCAUUCGAUCGGGAACUCAUCGGACCGGCAAUGUAUUUCGGACUCAUGGGUGACGGACAACCGAUUGGUCGAUAUGACGAUAUGUGGGCUGGCUGGUGCAUGAAGGUUAUAUGUGACCAUUUGGGAUUGGGGGUGAAGACUGGGCUACCAUACAUAUGGCACAGCAAAGCAAGCAACCCAUUUGUGAACCUUAAAAAGGAGUACAAAGGCAUAUUCUGGCAAGAAAAAGCAAUCCCAUUCUUCCAAUCAGUUUCACUUCCAAAGGAGUGCAGCAGUGUUGAAAAAUGUUACCUUGCACUUGCGGGCGAGGUGAAGUCUAAGCUUGGUGAAGUGGAUCCUUACUUCAUAAAUCUAGCUGAUGCCAUGGUUACUUGGAUUGAAGCUUGGAAUAUGGUCAAUUCUCCUGGAGAAAAGCCUGCAUUGACUUCUUUACCCAACGCCACUUCUAAAAAGUAAAAAAGCAUUUUGAUUGAGCAGUACCUUUGUUAUCAAUUACCAUCAUUUAUUUGUUUUUCCUUUGACCUUUUGAGACAUUUUCCCCCUAUAUUUCAUGCGUUGGGUUGUUGUUCAACAGCAAUUGUUUUAGUUUUAAUACAGUAAGGCAUGGGAUUUGAUUUUGAA